UCGGGCUUGCUGCCGCUGCUACUGGCUGCGUGCUGACGCUGGCGGACGGUGGUAACCCGGUGCUGCUGAGUCCCCGUCCUCACCGCCUCUCGUCCGUUCAAUGACGCCGACCUUCGCCUCCCCCUUCAUCGAGCGAUUUUACAGCCCUUGAUGCGGUUCUUUGGGAAACAACACGUUCCUCGGCGACACGUUUGAAGGCUGCACUUGGACCACUGCGCAUCAUGUGGAGGAAGGCGUCAGUGGCGGCCCUGCUAGCCCUGGUGGUGGGCUGCCUCUACCACGGUUGCCCCGAGCUGCCCGAGCAGCUCCUCCAGUACAUCAGCCCGGAUGGCCUGCGAUCAUCCCCGCAGAGCGAGCCCCGCCUGGAGCGGGUCAUUUCCGACGCCUGGGACUCGUUGAUCACCUUGCCCGCGCGGCAGUGGAGCAGAGUGGCCGUCGGGGUGAAUGCCUGCGUGGACGUGGUGGUGUCGGGGGUGGGCCUGCUGCAGGCACUGGCCCUGGAACCCGGCGGCGGCCUGGAUCAUGAGGUGCUGCACUCCAAAGAGAACCUGAGGGAAGCCUUUGUCCAUUACAUGGAACGCGGGGCGGCCGCCGAGCGCUUCUUCAGCGACAAGGAGGUCUUCCGGCGGAUCGCCCGGGCGGCCGCUGAGUAUCCUGGUGCUAAGUUAUACGUCGGAGGGAACGCAGCCCUCAUCGGUCAGAAGCUCGCCACCUAUCCUGAGCUCAUGGUUUUGUUAUGUGGGCCAGUGGGACCUAAACUGCAUGAGAUGCUGGAUGAGCAGAUCGUCGUCCCACCGGGCUCCCUGCAAGAGACGGAUGAAUACCACCUCAUCCUGGAGUAUAAAGCAGGCGAGCAGUGGGGUUCUACCCGGGCGCCUCAAGCUAACCGCUUCAUCUUCUCGCACGACGUGUCCAACGGGGAGAUGAGUUUGCUGGAGACGUUCGUGGCCAGCCUGGAAGAGUUCCAACCCGACUUGGUGGUCCUGUCCGGGCUGCACAUGAUGGAGGGCCAGGGCCGGCAGCUGUGGGAAGAGCGACUUAAAGAGGCGGUGGCAGCCAUAUCGGAUAUUCGUAAGGACAUCCCCAUCCACUUGGAGCUGGCGAGCAUGACGGACAAAGACUACAUGAACAGCAUCAUGCAGGAGCAGGUCAUGCCUAUCGUGAGCUCCGUCGGGCUGAACGAGCAGGAGCUGCUGUUCCUCUCGCAGGCGGGCGGCGGACCCCACGCCCACUUGGCCGGGUGGGAGGGCGUCCCCGCUGUGGGCCAGGUGAGCGACAUCCUCCUGUGGAUCCUGGAAUGCCACGGCCGCAGCGACCCCUCGUCGGAGGCCGAGCUGACCCGCGUCCACUUCCACACGCUGGCCUACCACGUGCUGGCCACGGUAGACGGCUACUGGGCCAACCAGGAAGCGGCGGUGGCGGCGGGGGCGCGUGUGGCGAGCAGCCAGGCGUGCGGCACCCGCGUCGUCGACGUCGCCAAGACGGAGCUGAAAGCGCCGCUCCGCUUUCACAGUUCAGACUCGGAGCCACGGGUGGCGCUCACCCUGGACCCGACGGCUCCGGUGACGGCGUGGCGCCGGGGAAACGUCACUUUCCACAUGACGCCGGUGCUGGUGUGCAAGCGGCCGCUUCGGACGGUCGGGCUCGGCGACGCCAUCUCGGCAGAGGGACUCGUUUACUCCGAGUUCAAGAGCCAGCGGACCUUCUGAAGACCUUCUGAAGACCUCGUGAGUGCGCGGGCGCUGUUGCGUCUUCCUCCCGACACUUUUACAAUCCUGCCUGUGGACACGUCGCCUGCCGCCACCGUCGACCAUGGUCGGAUUCCUCACACGGGGGAGGGGGCGCCACCUCAUCAUCUUUACGUUGAAGGGCCUCGUAGAAUUGGGCCCCAAGAUCUUCAAGUACGGCGUGUGCCUUGAGAUAAGUCACGCAUAUUCACAUUUCAGGUCCAAAUGCAAAACGUCACCAAGGCUGUGUCCACACACACACACACACACACACACACAUACACAUACAUGUAAAAUGUGUCCUGACCAGAAAUGACAGGAAAAGGGAACAAUUAUAACAGAAAGUGCGUAAAGCGUAACAUUUGUAAACUAAAAAAUAUAAUAAUUAUGAUUUGGUGAGAGAAGUUACUAGAUGCUCCCCCACCCCACCCUUUCCCAAGACAGUUGGCUUCUACUUUGAGGAUGCAAAGCACAAAGUAACAAUACUAUGACCGUCCGUCAUACUGGUCUUGCUCUAGAAACAAAAAAACAUCUCAAAUUUUUUUUUUUCCUUCAGAGGAAGUCAUGUAAUGUGGUCCUAUAACAUUCACAUGUUUUAAGUAACAACACAAAAUAAAGAGAAGUUAACAACUAUGGAAUUACACUAAAAGUAACACUACUUCUAUGCAGCACUGUCACCUAAUGAUGUUUGAAGACUGAAUAUUAGGUGAAGCAGUAAGGUCCAUUUGUGGUUCCGGUUCUUGUUACACUUUUCAUCUUUGUCAUCACUGGCAUUGUGUGAAAACAUACACACACACACACACACACACACACAAAAAAGCCAAAGAAAAUCUCACCAAGGACAUCUUCAUGUUGCUUUUUGCAGAUACAAUGCUUUGCCACUUGUUUGAAUUUGGACGCCUGUUUUGGUUCAAGUCCAAACUGUUUAACUUUGGAAGUUCCACUGUAGUUUUUGGUUCACUGAAAACAAACAGAAAAAUGUUUGACUUCAUUUUUGUGCUCCAGUUACCUCUGCUGGACCGUGAAGGCACUGAAGUUAUGACGUCUUAAUGCAAAGCCGACACGGCAAUUUCAGUUUAUCACACGGGACUCUUUGCACUAGUAGAAAGGCAGGCGGGCCACAAAGGUGAAUGUAACUCCGCCCCCUCCCUAGCAAGUACAAUCUAAUCAGUUAUUUGUCUCUCGUGUUCUUAACAUGUUAUUAAAUUGUAUGUAGUGUAA